UAUGAAGUAAUAUGAAAAUGAGUUGGUCAUGUUUUUGAAAAUAUUUCACUUGUCAAUGGAUAAAAGGAAGUUUGAACUACAAAUCAUCACAGAAAGUUUAAACAGAGCACAUAUGUGAAGAAAUUAAGACACAUUAUGAAAUCUUUGUCUGCUUAACUGGGUAUUUAUUUUUUACAGAACAAAGAAUUUUGUUAAAAUGGAACAAGAGAAAGUAAGAUUGAUAGUUUAUACUCUAGCGCUGACUUCUAUUGGAGUCCAAAACCUUGCUGUAGCAGAAACAUUUGAUAAUAUUCGAAGUGAUUUUAGUUCAAAUAUUAUGGAUGUAGCAUACCCAUUUGAAGAAAAAGAUACUCUGCGACCAACAGCUGAUUCUACCAAUGUAAUGAAUGUAACACUUGAUUGGAAUUUGGUGUUAAUUAUGAUUUUGAUGAAACAAAUGGUUACAUGGAUGUGAGUGGUUUUGUUACCCUUGAAUGGGUGGGUGAAGUUUAUACAACUACAGUAGAUGCUGUUGACCUGAUCAAACCUAACUUACUGUGGAAACCUCCUGUAGUUCUACUGAAUUCUGUGAAAACAUACAAAUUAAUUGGUCAUGAUACAUCUGUGAAAAUUCGUUACAAUUUUUUGACCAAACAAUGUCAGUGGAUGCCUUGGGUUGUUGCACGUGCUGCUUGCUCUCCAGAUGUUAAAUACUACCCUUUUGAUAAACAGUCAUGUGCUUUUAGACUUUCUGUUUGGGGAUACACAAAUACUGAAAUUAGUUUAAUCUCAAAUACUAAUGCAUGGUGUUUUCUCUACUUUGAAGAGAAUGGUGAAUGGGAGAUAAGUGAAACAUCUGUGGAAACCUCGGUCAUAGAUGAAUUCUCUGUAAUAGACUUUAAAAUGAAGCUGACACGUAGACCGCUGUAUCAUGUUAUCAACUUGAUUGCUCCAGUGCUACUCCUCGGAGCCCUAAGUGCAUGUACAUUCCUGCUACCUGCAGAGUCUGGAGAAAGGAUCGGAUUCUCUGUGACUUGUUUUCUAUCUUAUGUUGUACUGCUCAUCAUGAUUAUGGGAUUUCUACCAUCAUCAGGUCUAUCACUAUCGUACUUGAGUUACUAUACAUUUGCCAUGAUGAUAUUCAGUGCGGCAAUGUCUCUGAUGGCUAUCGUCACUCUUCGAAUCUACCACAAGUCCGAGGAGCAUCCCAUGCCAGGAAUCACUAUCAGAUUUUACCGUUGCUUCACAUGCAAGAAAGACAACUCUGAUGAAAUAGUGGAACUUGAUGGGACAGAAAUUACAGCUGAAACUGAAGAGAAACAGAUCACCUGGAAGAACAUUGCUGUAGUGAUUGACAAAAUACUCUUUGUAGCAUUUCUUGGUGGACAGAUCAUUUUCUCAGUUGCUUAUCUUGUUCCUAUAUUUAUCAAUUAGAGUCUGAGGAAUUCUGGUCAUAUAUCUAAAUGUGAAUGGAGGAAAGGCUAACAUGUUGUGAACCCUAUACGAAGACCAUUAAACACUAACCCUAACCCUGUGUAAUUAAUCUUUAAUUUUGUUUGUUCAAUAUUGUAUAAUUAUGAUCAAUUUUCAUCUCUUUAAUCUUGAGGUAGUAUUAUGGCAGGAUUUACUACGACUAUACAUAUACAUGUAGUGUGUCUA